UGGCAGAGUCCACUGUCGCCAAGGUCCCCAUGCUGUUCCUGGUCCUUCUGCUAUUCCCAGAGCUCCAUGUAGCAGGCACCCUUGCGUCUGGAUCCUCUGCCAGGAACCUGCCUGAAUCCCAUCCCCACCUCCCCAGCUCUUCACUGUGGGUGCCUCAGGCCAGCCAUCAUGGCCGACGGGGCCUGGGCAAGAAGGACAGGGGCCCAGGCAUGCACAGCCGGGCCCAGGAGGGGACUGUGGUCACUGACAGUAGGCAGGCUUCCGGGAUGACACUUGGUCAGCGCCCUGCCGGCCUUCUGCAGGACAAGGAUCAACUUCUGGGGCUGGCAUUGCCCUAUCCCGAGAAGGAGCCCCGGUCUUCCGGGUGGGAGAGGAUGAAGAAACGCGGCAGAGAACACAAGAGGCGCAGGGACCGGCUGCGGCUGCACCGAGGCCGAGCCGCCAUCCGUGGCCCCAGCUCCCUAAUGAAGAAGGCGGAACCCUCUGAGGACCAGCUGCUGGGGGCUGCCGCAGAAGAGUCUUCCACCAGCCUGGCCCCCACCAUGCUCUUCCUAACCACAGCAGACGCAGCCGCGCCUACCACGGAAGAGUCCCGGAUCCUGCCAGUUACCUCCCUGCGACCCCAGCAAGCACAGCCCAGGUCUGAUGGGGACGUGAUGCCCACACUGGACAUGGCCUUAUUUGACUGGACUGACUAUGAAGACUUAAAGCCAGAGGUCUGGCCUUCUGCAAAGAAGAAAGAGAAACACUGGAGUCACUUUACCAGUGACGGUAACGAGACGUCGCCAGCUGAGGGAGAACCAUGUGACCAUCACCAGGAUUGCCUGCCAGGAACUUGCUGCGACCUCCGGGAACAUCUCUGUACGCCCCACAACCGCGGCCUCAACAACAAAUGUUUUGAUGACUGCAUGUGCAUGGAAGGGUUGCGUUGCUAUGCCAAAUUCCACCGGAACCGCAGGGUCACUCGGAGGAAGGGGCGCUGCGUGGAACCUGAGACAGCGGACGGGGACCAGGGAUCCUUCAUCAACAUCUAGCGCCCGAGUGGUGCCUCCCCACCGGCCGGCCGGGGGUCUGAGCCCGGGAGGGCUGGACAAACAAGACCGUGUUAGUAACUAGCUCCGCUUGGGGCUGAGUCGGGGAACCAAAGGCUGAGGCUGCGGAUGCAGGCCCAGUACACUCACCCCCAAGCUGGAGGACAGCUUGGCUGAGAGCAGCUGUGCCUGCCACCCCCGGUCAGACCCACGCUGCUCACGGAUCCUGCGCUCUGCUCUACGUGAUAGCCGUGUUGAGCGCGCCCUCUUCUGCUCGACACCAGCAUUGCAGCAGCUUCAAUUUGGAAAAUCAAGAGGUUUUGCCGAUUGGAAAGGGUUGGAAAGAGAGGACAAGACGGGAGUGGCUGUGGAACGCUAUGUCCCAGGCAAACGCCAAGCACCGCGUUCAUUUUUACUGAAUUUCCACAGAGACCGUGGCAAGAGGCCACUGAAGCACUGAACUGCAAGACUUGUGCAAGGUCCCACCUCAUCCAUGAUCCUCCAUGUUUGGCCGCAGAUACACCAUGACUGUCUUCCGCCUUUCCCAAC